GCGGUGCCUUCUGCAGCCGGCCAGGGCUUCCCAAUGCACCCGCGGCGGAGGCGCUGGGCGGUGACCCCCGGGCGGUCUGGCCGGCCCCUGGCCCGGGGGGCUGCAUGGCCGUGGGGCGCUGGCUGCAGCUGGGGCGCUGGGGCGCGGAGGAAGCUCUGCCCUGCCCAGCGCUUCCCGAGCCCGGGGAGCUGCAGCUCGGCCGCGGGGAGCUGGCCCUGCCCCCGGGGCCCCUGCGGCUGCAGGGCGCGGCCGGGGAGCUGCGGGCCGUUCACAGCCCGGCCUGCGGGCCCGUCUCGUGUCUCCGCAGACCCGGCGCUGACGGGGAUGCCCCGGGGAGCUGCUGGCCCAUGGCGACUUCCUGCCCCCUGGAGCUGAGGAGCCUCGGGAAGGGCCCCGGGGCCAGCCGGGGAGCGGCGCCGCAGGGAGCCGGGGGCUGCUCAGCACCGCGGACAGCUCCCAGCGCCGGCCUGGACAACGCCUCCUACCAGGCGCCGGAGGAAGAGGAAACCUGGUUCCGGAGCCGCGAGGAGGCGGGGAGCGGCCCCCGAGGAGGCGCCGCCCGGCCCAGGGCGCAGCGCGGAGACCUCUCGCCCCGGUCGGAGGAUGGGCCCCUGCCAGAGCCCGCUGGCCACUCCGUGGACUGUGGGUUCAUUUCGGCCUUGAUCUUCCUCGUGAGCGGGAUCGUGCUGGUGGUGAUCGCCUACACCAUCCCCCGCCAGCCCCGGGUGGACCCCGCCGCAGUGACGGCCCGGGAGAUGGAGAGGCUGGAGAUGUACUACGCGCGCCUGGGCUCCCACUUGGACAAGUGUAUCAUCGCAGGGCUGGGCUUGCUGACCUUGGGGGGCAUGCUGCUCUCCGUGCUGCUGCUGGUCUCCAUCUACAAAGGGGAGCUGUACCGGAGACGGACCUUCCCGGGCUCCAGGGGGCCAAGGAAAACCUACGGAUCUAUAAAUCUGAGACUGAGGCAACUCAAUGGCGAUGGGGGACAAUCCUUGGUAGAGAAUGAAGUCAUCCAGGUGACAGAGACUACAAUUGUCAGCCAGGGUUCUUAGACCCCUCACUCCUGCUGUUUCAGCUUGGGCCUUCACUCUUCCUCUUUAGGUGAACAAACUGAUAAAAGGGGUUUUUUAACUGUUCAACAUGGAGGUUUUACAUUAACUCCAUACCUCAGAGCAGAGUAGGACUAUUGGACUUUCACGAAAAUAUCUGGGAGCAAAAGCAGACGUUGAAAAUGCAGAUCAGACACUCACCUGACUAUUGAAUAUAACUAAGUACCUAGUCCAGCAGGCUUUUGGAAACCAACUGUUUCUUUUUUUAUUUCAUUUUGGGAAGAGCUGCUUUCCUAAGCCCUAACAUCAGAAUGAAAGAAAACUUCAAGAUAUCUGGAAGUUCUCUGUGCCAUGUACAAUACUGUAACCCCAUGACCUUUGACUGAUGUGCAGCCAAGGGUAGCCUGCAGUAAUGAGCACAGCCAAAGUUACAUAUCGGUGGUCCUCUGCUAGGUGAUUUAUGGAACACAAAGCACAUUUGGAGUCUGUGUUUUGUGUUUUGUUUUUUUAUGUCAGGUAUAAUUUCCAGCAGUCAACAACUUUUUAGCAAUAGUUAAUUGUAAAACUUGUGUGGCAUAGAAUCUGAGCUUUCACUGUUCCUAACUAAAAGGGAAGAAUAUGUGGAAAAAGUGACCAUUUUUACAAGUUAUGUGAAUAUAAAAGACUUCUCCAAUCCUUCACAAUAUUUGCAUUGCACCUAUCCUACUUCUGAAAGCAGGACAGAGACCUGGAAAACACACAAUCCUCACUCCACCUGCCAGUCACACCAGCAAAUCCACAGUCCUCAAGCCUUUACAAAAAAAAAAAAAAAUCUGGUUCUUUGUCCAGAAGAAAAAACAAAACAGAAAAACGACUUGCAUUUUAAACAGUUUCCAGAUUUUCGUUUUAAUUGAACUGGUCUUCCCCAUUCAGAAGUCUGAGUCUGGUCAUUUGUGCUGAUGCCAGGAGACAUGGUGUGCAAUUAGGAGAUGAAGUAACAUUUUGGCAAUAAAACCUGAAAUAUAAGUAAAGCACAAUAUUUUGCAUAGAGAGAGAAAACACCAGUGUCAGGAGGAAGUUUAAAAGUGGAAUUAGAUCGGAAAGUAAUCCCAACAAAAGGUGACAUUUGCAGUGUACUGCAAUAAAUAUAUCAUAUAUAAUAGUAUAUAAAUAAAUAUAUACUAUUAAUGGCUUCAUUCAAAUGUGCCCAGGCACAUACAAAUACAUAUUUAAAUAGCCAAACAAAAAUGCUUACAAGCAAAAAAAUAAUUUUGCUUGUGACAGAUUUGCUCAUGUCAUAUUUUAUUUCAGUGCUUCCAAAAGUUAUCCCUAAAAUAAUGAUCAAAGUUCUCCAGCUUUUGGGGGUUUGUCAAUACACAGGCAGGUAUUUUUCCUAGCAGUUUGAGGUUGGUUCUUGCUAUCAUUGUAAAGAUACAGGGCCAAACUAUGGUCUCUAUCACCCUGGGAAAAAAACUCCAUUGAAGUACCACAUUCUUUAAUGGUCUCCAGAAGUCAUGAUCUGUGUGUCGUUAAUUACAUCUCAUAUGCCGUGUUCUUUAACUCUCUGUCAAGCAUUUAGAAGUCUUGGUGAAAUCCUGCUAAACACCUGAUCCAAAACCACACUGAAGUCAAUAGGAGUCUUUCCGUUAUCUUCACUGGGCUUUGGAUCAAGACCCUAGCCUCUGGAGCUUGAGCCUCCUUCUGCUGAAAUCAGUGGGAACCAGCAGUGCAGUCCUUACUCAGACCUCCUAUGCCAACAUUGUUGGGGAGGUUUGCUUGAGGAAGGUCUGCAGGACAGUAAACAGCGUGCACAUCAGUGACUGAGGUUAAAAUCAGUGGGCCAAAUCAGUGCAGGUGUUGAGCAAGUGCCAUGCCCACUGAAGUCAAUCAGCCUGACCCUGUCAGGUGCAGACCAGUAACUGACACUGGUAUCAGUAGGAGAUCAGGGCCCUAAGUGCUUCCCAGAAGGUUCAGAAUCAGGCUCAAUGGGAGUGGAUUUGGCCCCUUGGGAUUAGUCAUGUGAAUAAAGGGCGCAGGAAUCUGGCCCUAGGCUAUAAACCUGAUAUAAGAACACAAAAUCCACUUCCAAUGGAUGUCUGGAUUAAAGACUAAACCGCUCCAAUUAAUUAAAAGAACCCCCGGAAUACCAAAUUACAGUGACAAGGAGACCAGUUCCGAGAAUAAACCUGUUAAAGGAAUAAAACUGUGAUCAUCAAUUUCUAUUACUUUAAAUAAGAUAAAAUGCUUCUUAAGUGAUGAAAGGAUGAACCUGUUAGGAGAUUAGAUCUGCUGAACACCUGAUUUAUGUGAGUAUAAGAAGGACUCCAUUUGUAUUAUAACAUAAGACUGUUUAAGAAGAGAAUUUAAUGGAAUCAGGCUGUCAUUGCUUUCUCUGUGUAUUAAUGUGUUAUCCCUUAAGGAGGUCUGGAGGAUGGGGAAGAAAUCCCCUUGAUUGAAAUAUAAAUAUUUAGGAUGAAUGAAGUGUAUCUAGGGAAAUAGUCCAUUAGAGAGAGAGGCUGCAGCAUCAGACAUCUCGAGGAAUUGAGAAAGAUUUUUUUGAAAAAGUCAGCCAGAUGCUGGUAAACUAUAAUGUGUACUCAAUUUAAAGCCUCUCAUUUUGCUGGCAAACAUUCACCUCACAUAUGAGCACAGGUAUCCACACGCGUCCAGCACUUGCUCUUUUUUACAUUGUGCUUUACUUCUAUUUUCUCUUUUCUUUGUUCUGGUCUUUGCCCAGUGAUUUAUUUGUUGAAUUCAUAAGAUGGAGGAGAAAACCAACCCAGAGCGCUUGAAGCUAUGGACUAAGCUGAAUAAUGGACAACAAUGUAUUUAGCAAGUGAUAAUAAAACCCACAAACCUUCUAAAGUGAAGGGAAAAUCUGUUCCUUGGCUGGGAAAAUUUUUGAUCUUAAGGCCAGAGCUGAAGGCCAGAGCUGAUUUCUAUUAGCUUGGGAGUCAGAUAGGCCCUAGAGCCAAGGAUCAGGGUUUAUUUGAUUCUUUUAGGGCAGGAAGUGAGUUUCCCUCACUUUUUCCACCCACUUAAAUAAAAUCACUGGCUGUCAUAUUGGAAGGAACUUUGCAAUCACUCUGCAAGACUCUUGACUAUAGAGAGUCUUAAUUCUGAAGUGGAAUGAACCAAAAUGAAACAGAUCUCCACCUCAGUCUGUUUCACAUGCCAGUUACAUUGUCAGAUCCUUUCACAUUUACAUGUAAAACCAGGUUUGUUUGUAAAUGGGUAAUUUUUUUCUGUCAUGAGUUCUCCAGUAAGAGAAAAAUAGAAGUUAUCAUGAGAAACAAGAAAAGGGCUAUUUAAUCAAGGCCUCCCUGCAAUCUUUGCUGAUUAGAAUUUGUGGAUUUCUGCCUUAGGAGUAUAAAAAGAAAGAGUGCAUGCAUGAUUGAGUGCUGGAUUGUGUGGUGGUUUGCAGAGCUGCACUUUACCAUUACGGUACAGCAGCUGAUCAGAUGGGAUCUGCCUUCCAGGGGCUAUAUUCUCCUGCAGCAGGAUUCAAGUAACUUCCAUUUACCUUAAUAGGAAUUACUAAUAUCCUGCAGAGGGAGAACAGAAUACUCUUAGUGACCAAAAUGGGGCCUGUGGAUUUGGCCAAUGGAAUUGGGCCACCGUCAAUAUUAACGGAGUGGGGAGGCUCAUGCCAAUCGCAUUCCUGGCUGCACGUAUCAGGUUGGAGCAUUGCAUGCAGGACCUGUGGUCUUCACCCAGUAUACCAUAUUAAAGAUAAAGACAGCUGCCAUCUGCUCCAGUUUAUGCAAGUUAUGCAGAGUUUGUGGCAGUUGCUAACAUAACCGUUGGAUAACUGCUGUUUAGAAGCCAUCGGGAGCUGCAGAAAGAAUUGGUUCUAGAAGUGAGUGAGAUUAAAACGUUCUUGAGUUAUAAGGCACUAGACAGCAUGGGUAUGUGGGGAUCCAGGGCACUGCACUGCAUGGGAAUGAGGGGACACAGGGCACUGCAGAGUAUGGGAAUGAGGGGACACGGCACGGCACUGCACUGCAUGGGAAUAAGGGGAUCCAGGGCAAUACAGAGCACGGGAAUGAGGGACCAGGGCACUGCAGAGCAUGGGAAUGUGGGGUUCCAGGGCACUGCAGAGCAUGGGAAUGCGGGGUUCCAGGGAACUACAUGAGGACUGUUGCAUAAGGGAAGUGCAUCUUGGAGCCUUAAGCCCCUUGUUCUGAAGUUUAGGGAGAGAGGGGUUGAUUCUCUGUUGCCCUGCACCUUGCACAGUCAUUUACAUGUGUGCAAAGUGGGUUAAAUGUCUAUCCAAGGUGUGAAAGACCAAAGACCACCACUGGUGAAAAUGAACCCCUUCCCCACCAUAUCUCAGAACACAGGGCUGCCGCUCGUCUGGCCUUUGCAAUGCUACUAGAGGCACAAUGGGACAGAAAGGGCCAAGUUUCCAAACUGACUCUGCAUUUGCACCUGCAGCUUUGCCUUAAACAGCCAUAUAAUCAACUGUGGCUUGGUCUGCUCAUGCCAUCUGGCUUAAGCAAUGGCUUGUGUGAAGGUGUUGGAGUCAGAGCUUCCUUCAAACUCCUGAUCUAUAAACUGCUCCCCCAACUGACUGUCUUGCUCACUGCAGAUCAGCCUUGGUGGGAAAUCACGCCAGGCCUUUCUUGAGAGCCGUGCCUUAUGCCUUCAGUCAGGAGGGGUGUUUGGAACACCUGGCAGGUUUGGGAAACCACGUCAGGCUUUUCUUACUGACUUCUCCUCUUCAGCCAUUUCCCCUGUUGCUGGCUUGACCACCCUUAUGGGUGUUCUCGUGUGAGACCGAAUGGGGGUGAAAAACCUAGCUGAAAUCUUGGAAGGCAUUCUUGGGGCCCAGUCUGAUGUAGCUGAAGGGGUCUGUUCACUCCCCUGCCUUAUGAACCCCCAUCUUCCCCCAGCCUCUCAUGGGGGAUGAUCCAAUAGUGGCCUUGGUUAUUUCAGAGAGGAAUGAAGACUCAUUUGGCCAAUAUAAAAGAACUGUGAACUCUUUGUUUUCCUGUUUGUGCCAUAGUCACUUGCUUCUUUCUCUCCCGCGAUGAUACCAGGGGCAUACAGUUACUGAAGCAGCCACAUGUUGUGAGAGCUUUCUGCCUUGAGGAACGUCUCCAUGUCCUUUAUCGUAAGCUAGAGCGAUUAACAGGGAGCCGUGCAGAGCAGAUGGAUUUCUAGCUGGGGUUUCUCGAAACAGUGCACUUAUUUAUUUAUUUAUUUAUUUGCUGUUGUUUUCCUUGGACAAAUUAAAAUUAUUGAUAAAACA